AUGCACUCUUCCUCCACCCGCAUCAUCACUGAGGAUACGCGCCGCGAGGGAGAUGCAGGAGACGCGAGGUACAUGCAACGACAGCGCAUCCAUCGUCGACGGCGCUCGCCACCUCGAGAACAGUUUACCACCAACUACCGGACCUGGGUCGCAGGGUGCAACUCCGGUACCGUCGAUGCUGCCUUCAACUUCACCGAGGCCGCCGAUACGUUUCGAAGCCGACAACCUCGCGCGCUUACUGUGAAGCACGCGAUCCUGCUCGCGCUGUACGAGUGUUGCCGGCGCGCGCUCUCUGAGCUCAUGGACGGCCUCCUGCGCACCUCCGGGGCCGUCGUCUGUCUCGCGCGCGCGGACUUCCAGCACUGCAUCCCCGCCCGCGAGCAGCUCAUCCCCGCGCCUGCGCAGAUGGCGGACGUCCUGCGGCGCGCGGCGUGCUCUCCGCACUAUGCGAGUGCCCGCAGCCCCUACGCCUCUUCGCACAGGUGCUCCCGGCGCUGGUCUCCGCGGACGCGCUGCAAGCGCUUGAUAUCCAGCUCGGCGAGCUCGCGCGUACUGGCUGUAGUGCGCGUAGAAUGCUGCAGCCUUCUGAGCAGCUACCACGAGGUCGCGCAACGGCUCACCCUGCUGCACAUCCUCGAGCUGCCGACGGAAGAACUGGAGUUCGAAUGGGCCGCCCCGGGACAUAGGCCAUCCGGACCCCGUCUGCACACGGUCUGUCUCUUGCGCUUCUCCGAUCUCUCUCUCGGCGUGUUCAAGGAGAACGAUCGAAUGAACAGUGGCAUAACGAUCCAGCGUCGUCUCGUCUGCUAUGUCCCGGACAGCGUACUUGGCGUGCCGACGUCGUUCCGCACGAUCUACGACGCCCGCAAAUCCGAACUCGAAGACAUGUCCGGACGUCGGAAACCGCAACCCAGGAGCAGCUGCGGGACGGAUAACAAGGAUUGUCUCACUGCGGCCACAACAGCGUUGAGCAACACUCACGCGAGCGAGUACAACCAGUACGGGCCCUCCGUGUACCGCGGAGUCGCGAUUGCCUUAUACACCCCGCGCAUCGCGCACAUCCCCCACACGUUCUACAUAAUCUGCCAGCUUGGACUCGGCGGCCUGCCCAAUGGCGGCGAGCGGGAUGACGGCACCUAUGAGCAUCUUAACCCGGACGACGUUGAGCGCUGCAUGUGCGGCCACGUCUGCCUAGUCUACCUAUCGAGCGACCUCCUCCCCACGCCUAUUCUCUCUUCAGGGUGA